AUGUGCAAUCUUACUCAUUUCCAGGCUUUUUCUUCUCGAUGCGUCGAGGUUCCAACGGCUGGACGGGAACUGGCCUCCACAGGCGAUGACUGGGUCACUGUGAGUGUAAGCCUACCAAAGGGUCACGCUUAUCUCAUAUGGUUUAUGUAUCCGGAUCUUUUUAGCUGGAGUAGCAACGCAGAUAUGAAGCGCAUCUACUUGAAGAAGAUUGUUAUACACGGCGAAGUCCCAGGCGAUGGUUGCUUUCCCUGCCCUUCAGGCACCUACAGUAACAGAAACGGUUCGGCCGCUUGUCAGAAAUGUCCUAGGAAUACCUUUUCUGUUUCUGGCUCAACCACUUGUACGAACUGCUCUUCCAACGAAUAUUCUGGCAAGUUAAUAAGGCUAUUUGCUAGCAUGAAUAUCAAAGUGAAGUAA